AUGGCCUCAGUCCCGACUACUGAUGCAGUCGACGACACAAACCCGCCCUCUGAACCCCAAGAUGCGUCACAAGCAAAUGUUACACUAGAAAGUAAUGAUGAAGAUCAAAACUUUCCUCCCACGAUCACCCGAGCCUUGAUAGUCGCAGCCUUGGGCUUGUCGCUGUUGAUCGCGGCUUUAGAUGCAACAAUGGUUUCCACCAUUGUUCCCACCCUAUCGGAUGAAUUCCAGUCGGUGAAAGACGUGGGCUGGUAUGGCUCUGUAUAUCUACUGGUAAUGGGCGCUACUCAACCCACGUUUGGGAAGUUGUACGCUACAUUUCCGAGCAAAAUAGUCUUCUUGACAUCUCUUCUGUUACUAGAAGGAGGUUCAUUGAUAUGCGCCCUUGCACGGAAUUCUGGCAGCUUCAUCGCUGGGAGAGCCAUUGCGGGCCUCGGCAGUGCUGGAUGUAUUUCAGGGGCCUUGAUUAUCACGGCAGUGGUUGUGCCCCUGCAACAAAGACCAAUGUUUACCGGGAUUCUCGGUUCUCUAGAGGGUGUCGCUGUUGUGUUGGGCCCUAUCAUCGGGGGAGCAAUUGCAAGCCACAUCGGCUGGAGAUGGUGCUUCUGGAUUAACCUACCAAUAGGCGGCAUGCUUUUCAUCGUUCUAGUUUUGUUCUUCAGACCACCAAACACAUUGGGUGAAAAAGAAUCCUUGAAAGAUAGAGUCAAGCAGAUUGACUUUGUCGGCGGCGCGGGUCUGAUUGGAAGUAUUACUUGUCUACUUCUUGCCCUGGAAUGGAGCUCAACAGAAUCCAAUUGGGGCGACAAACGACUCAUCAUACUUCUUGUGGUCUUUGGAGUGUCUUUUAUCUCGGUUGGCAUUCAUCAGCACUGGCUAAAAGAAAAGGCGACAUUUCCAACCCGACUGCUGAGGAACAGGUCGUUUGCCUCCUGUCUCUGGUAUGGCUUUUCACUAUCCAGUGCCCAAAUGGUCAUCCUCUACUAUGCUAUUCAAGGCGUCUCUGCUCGAGAGUCAGGCGUCAGACUACUGCCCAUGGUUUUAGCCCUGAUAAUCUCUGGAGUAUUUGCCGGGAUAGGAGCCUCCCUUCUUGGGUAUAUCCCCCCUUUUAUGAUCAUGGGCACAGUUUUGGCUUCAACAGGUGCUGGGAUGCUUUAUACUUUUAAACCCGAGACCGAGAAUGCCAAAUGGAUUGGCUACCAGGUCUUGUUUGGCCUCGGCACUGGUGCUGGUGUACAGCAGUCGAUCGUUGGCGUCCAGGUCGCUCUGGCUCCCGCAGAUGUUCCCUACGGCACUGCUGCAAUUAUUCUCGUCAAUACUCUGACUCAUGAGGCCACGUGGAGCAAGACUUUCAGCGUAGAGGUGUUGGAGGCGGCUAAGCCUGCCGUUCUCCAGGCUUUCGAACAGGUGCUAAGAUGGGUGACGGAAAACAAAGCACAAACUUGCUGGGGAGGAGUCGCAGCCGCGCUCCUCUAUCUCAACUUCAAGAGAUUCCCCUUUGUGUGGCACGCUCGCGUAUUCUACAAUAUCUGGUGGCCAAAGAAGCGCUAUUUUGACAAAAAGCCUGGCUCCAUUUUCCGACCUGUCGUCACCCCAUCACGUGUGGCCUUUUUGGAGACUGAUUACAACUUGCACAAAUCAAACAGCACUUACUUCUCUGACCUUGAUGUCGCAAGGACAGACCUCCUUGCCGCUAUUCGGUCUGAGGCGAUCCGUGGCGGCCUCUACAAGGAGUACAAGAAUGGCGUCAUGGUCCUCCUUGCCGGAACAUCGUGUACUUUCAAGAAAGAGAUCAAGCCCGGUGUAGCUUUUGACAUGUACAGUAGGAUUCUCACAUGGGAUCGCAAGUGGAUCUACGUUGUGACGCAUUUCGUUGAGAGACGAAAGGGCGGUGCCUUGUUGACAUAUCAGCCAUGGAAGACGCCUGCGGAUGGCAAGGCACCUUCAAGAGCACCCGUGGUAUAUGCGACGGCCAUCUCCAAGUGUGUAGUCAAAGCUGGGCGCUUGACAGUGCCACCAGAGAAAUUCUUUAGAGCAGCGGGAGUGCUCCCUUCGGAAACCUCGGGAGUGGAGGCGGAAGAUGGGGCUCAUCCGAAUGCGGAGAGCGGGAACGGGGCGGCUGGGGCCGAUGAGUGGACUUGGGCCCGGGUGGAAGAAGAGCGGGUUCAGGCUUUGGAGAUAGCCGACGGCUUUGCGAACGGUUUAGAUACGGCUCAUGAGAAGUUCAAUGCAUUGACAUAA